AUGAAUUCCGUAACAGAAUUUUAUCGAACGUUAUCGAAUGAUUUACAAAAAUUAAUCGUUGAUGUUAAUGAAAGUAAAAUUGUUAAUAUUAAAGUUGGAAAACAUCCUCAUGUAGAAAAUUUUAGAGCCCAUUCAAAUAUUUUAAUGGUUCGUUCCCCUUAUUUUAAGGAUAAACUUUCAACACAAGCUAUCAUUGACUCUGUUGAUGAAAAUAAUAUGAUCGUUGAUAUAAUUCAAGAAAUUGAUGCUGAAUCCUUUCCAGUUAUUUUACGGUACAUUUAUACUGGGGUAGCGGAUUUAUCAACACUUGAUGCACAAGGUUUAUUAAAUAUGUUAAUAGGGGUCAAUAUUUUACAACUUGAAGAAUUAUCUUAUCAUUUACAAGAUUAUUUAAUUAAUAAAUAUUCUAAUUGGAUUCAACAAAAUUAUGUUCAAAUUUUAUCAAAAAUUUCAAAAAAUCAAGAAAAUUUCGCUAAAAUUUCAUUUUAUUGUUUUGAAAAAAUUGGUGAAAAUCCUAUAUCAUUAUUUUCUUUAAAAGAUUUUACUAAAUUAAAUGAUGAUAUUUUUUAUAUAAUCUUGGAUCAAGAAACAUUACAAUGUGAUGAAGUUAUCGUAUGGGAAGCUUUAAUUAAAUGGUCUAUCGAUCAAUCUCCUAAUAUUAAAGAAAAAUCUAAUAAUGAUGAUAUUUUUAAUACAAGUAAUUGGAAUGAUGAAAUUUUUGAUAAAUUAAAAAAUAUUGUUGAUAAAUUUAUACCAUGUAUUCAUUUUUUUGAAAUUAGUUCUAGUGAUUUUUAUGGUAAAAUUCGUCCUUAUAGAAAAAUUUUAUCACCUGAAACUUAUGAAGAAAUAUUGGCUUAUCAUAUGAAAGAAACAAAACGUAAAUCAACUAAAUUAUGGCCAAGGUUAGGUAAAAUUGAUUCAGAAAUUAUAAAAUCAAAACAAGCAACAAGUAUAACUAAUUUAAUAGGUAAUCAUUAUUCUUUACAAAAUAAAAAAAAAAUUUCUUUCUCCCUUUUAUAUAGAGCAAAUAGAGAUGGUUUUAAUCCUGGUAUAUUUCGUAAUCAAUGUAAUGAUCAAGGUUCUAGUUUGGCUUUAAUUAAAUUAGAUAAUGGUAAAGUUAUUGGUGGUUAUAAUCCAUUAGGUUGGAUGAAAAUUGAUCCAAAAGAUAAAAAUGAUUAUUCUAAAUCAUUUUUAUUCUCUUUUGAUCCUAAUUUAGAUAUUAGAUCAAUGAAAUGUAUUAGUGUUAAAACUCCAAUUUUUGCUUUUAAUAAUCAAAAUCAACAAGCUUUACAUUUUGGUACUAGUGAUUUAAUUAUUAAUGGUAAAACUGGUACUUGUAUUGUUAAAGAUUUUCAAAAUCCUAUCAUUAAUACUCGAAAUUUCAAUAUUGAUAAUAUUGAAGUUUUUGCUGUAAGAAUGAAGUAA